UUAAUAACCGAAAGAAAUGAUGAAACUUCAGCCACGCCCGGUGUGAACUUUAAACGGGAAAAUGAUUUCGUUUAUUAUCCAAUUCUUAUGAAAUGUCGACAGUUGAAAAUUAUUCAAGGAUUAAAAAUCCAACAAAUCAUUAAAAGAAAGCAAAAAUCAAAAGAGAAAAAAGAAAUAAAAUUUUAACUCUUUCAAAUCCUCGAAAAGCUAUGAAGAUAAAAACUUGUGAUUGUGCGAAAACAUAAAAUUUACGAGUGAACAUCGUUAAACCACAAAAAAGGCAUAAAUUACUGUUCAAAGUUGUGACAGUUCUCGAAAGCUUCUCGUGCAAGAUAUGAUUAAAGAGAUUAGUCAUCUAAAACAUGUGAAGUCAUUAGCAUAAAAACGAGGAAUAGAAAACCAACGUCAACGAGCAAGUCUUAGAAACCACAAUGAAGAAGAAUUUUAAUAUCAAAGAAAUUAUCUGGGCUAAAUUCUGUUACGUGAUAUGCAUUUUAAUAUCAUUUCUGCCAAAUACACGCACCUUACACAUCACCAAUAUUAUUGUUCCAUCUUUUGUUGACGUCAGAGAUGUAGUCAUGUUGUCCUGUAGCUACAACAUAGGAACGCAAAAGCUGAACUCGGUGAAAUGGUACAAAAAUGAAAAGGAAUUUUACAGGUAUGCACCAUUGAUGCCAACGAAGCAGAACAUGAUAUUUAAUGUGGAAGGGAUUCAUGUCAGUUCAGAUCACGUGUGCAACGAAAAGUUUUGUACGAUUCAUCUUGAUAAUUUGAGUAAUGAUUCGUCUGGUGCCUUUCGAUGCGAAGUGUCUGGGGAUGCGCCUGAGUUUAAGCUUUCACAUGAAACUGCCAACAUGACAGUAGCUGCUCUUCCUCAACAUGAUCCGAAAAUCGAAGGUGUGGAGAAAAACUAUUACGAAGGUGACUUCCUGUUCGGAAACUGCACAUCAGACUUCUCUUAUCCUCCUCCGUUUCUUGCUUGGUACAUCAAUGAUCAAAAGGCUGACAAUGCACUACUUCAGCCUUUUCAAGAGUCAACAAUCGAAGCUUAUGGUUUUAAAUUGUCACAGCGUAGUUUAGAGAUUCGCUUUCGGAUAGAUAAGAAAAAUAAUCCAUUUAUCAGUGAUGGAAAGGUUCACAUGAAAUGUGUAGCUCAAAUUCGAAAAAUGCCAAAACAGAUUCGAGAAUCAAAUCACAUUUUCUAUGUGUCAUCGUGGGAUGAUUUAAGAAAUCAAAAAUUAAUAAACUGGAAGAAUUCUGGUAACUUCGUUAUUCAACAGAAAAACAUCAGACAUGCUCUUGGUAUUCAGCAUCUUUGCUUCUAUCAAUUAUGCGCUGCGAAACUGUAGGUUUGUAAAUAUUUAUCGGUAUCACAUUUUGUAAGUAAUGUUAAAUUAAGAGCAUCAUAAGAUUACCAGCAGCAAAAUGAGAAGAAAUAUUGUGUUAUAAAAUUCUUAAAAAGAAUUUUCUAAGGAAAUAUGAUGAUCAAAGUGUUUUAUGUAGAAGUAAAGCACAAUCCGUUAUUAAAAAUAAUUAUAAUAAUAAAAAUAUGUAAUAAUAAUAAUAAUAAAACAUUGAAAACCUUU